AUGGCGUCUUGGAGCUGCCGUGUGUUCUACCAAGGAGAUGCCGGGAAACUUGUUGAGGACCAGCAAGAGGGUGGUGCUAUCUUGUUCCUGUGGGGCAGCCCAGGCGCAGGUCCUGCCUUGUCCCCUGUGUCGUGGCUACCCAGCAGCAGAAGUUCAGAAGACAUCCCCCUUCUCAGCGGUUCCUGGCUGAGCGUGCACGGCAAGCCAGCACAGGAGGAGGCAGGACGUGGCACCAGAAGGAACAGGCAACGGGAGGAGACUCACAAGGGCUGUGACUGUGGGCGCUAUGCUGAUGUACUUGCUCUGCCCAUCUUCAAGCAAGAGGAGCCCCAGCUGUCUCCUGAGAACGGGGCCCGCCUGCCGCCCCUGCAGUACGUGCUGUGUGCCGCCACGUCACCGGCUGUGAAGCUGCAUGAGGAGACUCUGACCUACCUCAACCAAGGUCAAUCAUAUGAAAUCCGACUGCUGGAGAACCGGAAGUUGGGAGACUUUCAAGAUCUAAACACAAAAUAUGUCAAGAGCAUCAUUCGAGUGGUUUUCCACGACCGCCGGCUGCAGUACACCGAGCACCAGCAGCUGGAAGGCUGGCGGUGGAGCCGGCCGGGGGACCGCAUCCUGGAUAUUGAUAUUCCACUGUCUGUCGGUAUCUUGGACCCCAGGGCCAGCCCAACCCAGCUGAACACAGUUGAGUUCUUAUGGGACCCUGCAAAGAGGGCGUCCGCAUUCAUUCAGGUGCACUGUAUCAGCACAGAGUUCACUCCCAGGAAGCACGGGGGCGAGAAAGGAGUGCCCUUCCGGGUGCAGAUCGACACGUUUAAGCAGAACGAGAAUGGGGAGUACACAGAGCACCUGCAUUCGGCCAGCUGCCAGAUCAAGGUGUUCAAGCCAAAGGGAGCUGACCGGAAACAGAAGACAGACCGGGAAAAGAUGGAGAAAAGAACCGCUCAAGAGAAGGAGAAGUACCAGCCGUCGUAUGAAACCACUAUCCUCACAGAGUGCUCUCCGUGGCCUGAUGUGCCUUACCAGGUGAACAGUGCCCCGUCCCCGAGCUACAAUGGCUCUCCCAACAGCUUCGGCCUUGGCGAAGGCAACAGCUCGCCGGCCCACCAGGUGGAGGCUCUGCCCAUGGGCAGUGAUCACCUGCUGCCAUCCGCCUCCAUCCAGGAUGCCCAGCAGUGGCUUCACCGCAACAGAUUCUCCCAGUUCUGCCGCCUCUUUGCGAGCUUCUCAGGUUCUGACUUGCUGAAGAUGUCCAGAGAUGAUCUGGUGCAGAUCUGUGGCCCUGCAGAUGGCAUCCGGCUCUUCAACGCCAUCAAAGGCAGGAAUGUGAGGCCAAAGAUGACCAUCUAUGUCUGUCAGGAGCUGGAGCAGAACCGAGUGUCCCUGCAGCAGAAGCGGGAUGGCAGCAGUGACAGCAGCCUGUGUGUGUACCACGCCAUCUUCUUGGAAGAGCUGACCACCUUGGAGCUGAUUGAGAAGAUCGCCAACCUGUACAGCAUCCCCCCCCAGCACAUCCACCGCGUCUACCGGCAGGGCCCCACGGGCAUCCACGUGCUGGUGAGCAAUGAGAUGGUGCAGAAUUUCCAAGACGAAUCUUGCUUUAUUCUCAGCACAUUAAAAGCCGAGAGCAAUGAUGGCUACCACAUCAUCCUGAAAUGUGGACUCUGAACAGCAGUAGGACGUGCACCUGCUCCCAGGCCCAGGAAACCCUUGGAUGAAGAAAUCACACACUGCCAGCGACUGUCUUAUCUGGCAAGCUGAAACUAGGAGGGACCCUGCCCACUCUAUGAAGGCCUCAGACCACCGACCAGCAGAGACCCAUGGACACAAAGUCUGGCAUGCAGACACUCUCCCUUCCUCUCAGCCUCCAGUUUGGAACAUUCCUUGUUCUUUUCCCUCCCAGCCCUGACAUUCUGAAGAGACAGACAGUAGGACCUCCCGUUAGAAGUUCCUGCCUCCAGAGAAAGCUUUGCUUCACUUGCACCAUCACCUCCUUACAUAGCUGGCUUCAUGGCUAGCAUUGCUGGCUCCCUGGGGUCAUUUUGCCGCCUUCUCCUGUCUCUGUUUGCUUCCCUUCUUGGGGACCCUGGUGGUCUCUCUCCUGCUCUUGGAUCCAUUGUUGGGAGUGAUGUUGUUCUGUGCCUUCUGCCUUUCACCUUCACCAAGUUUCUUUUCUUUUUUUUUUUUUUUAAGAAAAUAACAAUAUUUAACACACCGUGUAUCACUAUCUUCAAUUCAGAGAAGACAGACAAAAAGAUUCUUUCCUGAAAAGAAGAAGCAAACAGAUAAUAGCACAAAACUUUCUUUUCAGUGAAUUUAAAGUUUCUCUUAGUUCACCAUGUUUCUAAGGAUCUUUUGCUGCAAAGCCCAGAGACAGACCUGUGUGAGUGCAUAGGCAUGACAGACCCUUCAGUGUGUGCAUCCACCUGGUCUGUGGCUGCUAAUUCUGAAGCCUGUCUUGGGGUUGGGAGGUGGCAGGGAAUAGAGAGACUUAUUUCAGGCAUAUUUUUGUGAGUAGAGAAGAGAAGCAGAUGAUUACUCAUGAUCUACUUUGCUCUAUUUUUAUCCCUUAGGCAAUCAUGGGUAAGGGAGAGUAGGAAAUGAGCAUUCCAUGCUAUCAUCAGAUGACCUGGACCAGCACAGUAUCAGACCCCCUAGCAUGGACUUCCAAACUCCCAUUACUCACAGAGAAGUCUCUGGUUAACCACUGCUAAAUUUAUGAAGUUGCUUAAGGACACUGGAUUUCCUAUGAGGGGGGCUCUUGAAUGUUUAAUCCUUUUUCAUUUGUAGAGGAUAACUUUAGUGUUUCUUGCAUUGAAAAGUUUGGGUCACCUUUCUUAACUGUGGCAAAAUAGGAACAUCAGUAACUGUGACAGACUCAAGAAUUGGUCUUUGUCUUCCCUCUGGGACUUGGGAUCUAGUGAUUAGUUUGGGCCCAGGGCUUUAGCUCUUUGCUAAUUUGGGUUCAUUUUGCAAGCCCCUGGUGAACCCUGUGACCACCAGAGUAGGAUUUACAGCCACUAAGGUGGAGCUCUUGUGGGACACAGUGAGGCUCACGGAUUGUCAGAACUGGUAGACCUUGUUGUAUAUGUGGGGAAACUGAGAUCCAGAGGGGCAAAGCCACGUAUAUGGUAUACCAGGGUCCUUUUAAGAGUUAAAGGGGAUCCAUUAGACAUCAUGCUGGGUCAAGAGAAGUGGUGUUCCAGCAGAGUGAAGACAGGUCCUGACUUCUUUUUUUUUUUAGCAGAGAAGGAAGGAUUGGCUUAACAGCUUUACUGACAUAUAAUUCACAUAACAUAUGGUUCCCCUGUUUAUGUGUUUGGUUCUGUGGUUUUUGGUAUAUUUAGAGAAUCACACCAAUUUUAGAAUAUUUUCCUGACCCCCCCCCCCAAAGAAACCCUAUGUCCUUUGGCUGUCACGUCCCCCAACUCCUUCAGACCUAAGAAACCACGUAUCUACUUUUUAUGUAGAUUUCCCUGUUCUGGACAUUCUAUGCAUCUGGAAUCAAAUGUUUCCUAGGAUCAUCCAUGUUGCACGUGUACCCAUGCUUCAUUUCUAUUUCACUGUAUGGAUGUACUGCAUCAGUAGGUGGAUAUUUGGGAUGUUUCUACUUUUUGGCAAUUGAGUCAUGCUGCUAUGAACAUAUUUUUACAACCGGUUUUGAGCAGGCAUAUACUUUCCUUUCUUUUGGAAAUAUAACACAAGUGGAGUUACCUGUUCGUAACACUAACUCGGUGUUUAACUUUUUGAAGAACUGCUAGGCUUUUUUCCACGGUCACUGUGGCAUUUCACCUUCACACCUGCAGCCUGCUUCCUCACCAACACUUGCUGCUGUCUGUGGUCUUUAUCGUAAUAUCCUGCCAGUGUGAAGCACUGUCUCAGGUUGAUUUGCAUUUCCCUUAUGGCUUUCGUGUGGUUAGCAGACAUUUGUGUAUCUUCUUUGGGAAAAUGUCUGUUCAGAUCCAUUGCCCAUUUUUAAGUCUGGUCGUCCUUUUACUAAUGAGUUGUAGGUGUAUGCUAGAUGCAGGGCCUUUAUCAGAUAUGUGCCUUUUGUAACAUCUUUCUCCAUUCUGUGUGUUAACUUCACUUUCUUAACAGUGUCUGGCGAAGCACAAAAUAUUUUAAUUUGGAUGAUGUCCAAGUUACCACUUUUUGUUGUUGCUGUUGUUGCUCGUGCUUUUUGGUGCUGUAUCUGAGAAACCACUGCCUUAUCCAAGGCCAGGAUAUUUAGGCCUAUGUUUCAUCCUAAGAAUUUUUGUAAUUUCAACUCACAAUGGCCUUUGAUUAUUCUGAGUUAAUCCUUGUAUCUGUUGUGAGGCAGGGGUCCAGCUUCCUUCUUCAGCGUUGUACCAGUGGUUCUUGAGGAGACUGUUCUUUUCCUGUGAGAUUGCCUUGGCACCCUUGUUCAAGGGCCCCGAUUCUUGCUGGCUCUUCCUUUGUGGGGCCCAGCGCUGCAGUUGGGAAGCUCCCCUCGCUCCCUCCCAGUCUGUGU